AUGUCGGAAAAUGAAGUCGCCACCUUAGCGGUGCGCUCCAGCAAAGAUGAAUCUCAUUCUCCAAUCCCUCCGGUCCCAGAUUACUCGGAGAUGAAUGAUCAUAAACGUGGAAGUAACAGUGUCACCGAAGUUCCAGACACACAGCCGCAAGCCCGUCGCCAUGCAGUCGGCUCACGGCUGGGCUCGCUCUUGUGGAGAUUCGAGCAGCAGCUCGUCGAGUAUAACCUCGAAGCCCGCGGCAUCGAGCGGGUCGGCGAAGAUGAGCGCAUGAAGCGGCUGUCAUGGGUAUCUUACCUGCAGGCAUUUCUCCUCUGGGUCUCGAUCAACCUCGCCGCUAACAACAUCACGCUGGGAAUGCUGGGUCCCGCGGUGUAUGGGCUGAGUUUCCGGGACUCGGCUCUGUGCGGUGUAUUCGGUGCCUUAGUUGGUUCGAUCGUUGCUUCGUGGAUGGCUACUUGGGGUCCUGUAUCGGGGAUCAGAACUAUGGCGUUCGGCCGGUACUCGAUGGGCUGGUGGCCCAGCAAGAUCAUUGUUCUGCUCAAUCUCAUCCAGAUGAUUGGGUACUGUUUGAUCGAUUGCGUUGUCGGCGGCCAGAUCUUGUCUGCCGUUUCGCCAAAUGGCAUGUCUGUCGCCGUCGGCAUCGUGAUCAUUGCGAUUAUCAGUUGGGUGGUGGCCACAUUCGGGAUCCAGGUGUUCCACUACUACGAACGAUUCGCAUUUCUCCCACAGCUGAUUGUAUUCUGCAUUCUGUUCGGCGUAUCCUCCGUCAAAUUCGACCUAUCCACCGCAUCCCAGGGCACCUCUCGCACAAUAUCCGGCAACAGACUAUCCUUCUUCUCGAUCUGCCUCAGCGCCGCAAUCACCUACGCGCCCCUCGCCGCGGACUUCUUCGUCUACUACCCCUCGCACACUUCCCGCAGAACAAUCUUCAGCCUGACCCUAGCUGGCCUCGUCCUCUCCUUCACAAUGGCCUUCCUCGCCGGCAUCGGCCUCGCCUCAGGAAUUCCCACAAAUCCCUCCUACGCCGCCGCUUGGGACCGCGGUCAAGGCGCCUUAAUAGUUGAAGGCUUCGGGCCCUUACACGGCUUCGGCAAAUUCUGCUCGGUCAUCGUAGCACUAGGCCUCAUCGCCAACACCGUCGCGCCAACCUACUCCGCCGGCGUCGACUUCCAGAUCCUAGGCCGGUACGCCGAAAAGAUCCCCCGCGUGAUCUGGAACACCGUCGGCGUAGUCAUAUACACUGUCUGCGCGCUCGCCGGCCGCGGGUAUCUUUCUGAGAUCUUCACCAAUUUCCUGGCGCUGAUGGGCUACUGGGUCGCCAUCUGGGUCGCCAUCAUCCUCGAGGAACGCUUCAUCUUCCGUCUGCGCAGUGGCUAUAACUGGGCUGCUUGGCGCGAGCCCUCGAAACUGCCUGUUGGCGUCGCGGCGUUUUUGGCUUUCGUUGUUGGCUGGGUCGGUGCUGUGCUUUGUAUGGCGCAGGUGUGGUAUGUUGGGCCGUUGGCAAAGCUGGUUAGUGCGACUGGUGCCGAUAUGGGGAAUUACGUGGGCUUCUCUUGGGCGGCGCUUGUUUAUCCGCCUAUGCGGUGGGUGGAGCUGAGGUUUUUGGGUCGUUGA